AGAUUUAUCUACAUUUUAUUCAACAUAAGAAAUUACCUGAACAGCUGACUUGUGCAUAUGGGUGUGGCAUCAUAUUUAUUCUGGAUUGACUACUGGUAGUUGAUUGAGUAGAGGAAACAGCUGUGUGCAAUCUGUGCACUGAUCAAAACCGGUUGUCACCCUGGUCUCUUCUUACACAUUGAAUAAAGUUUGCUUUCAGCUAUUUAUUUGUUUCAAGUAAAUAUUUUGUUCUGUACUAUACUAAAUUUAUUUCAGUAUAAAAUGGAACCAGUUUUUGUUUAUGGAACAUUAAAACAAAAUCAGCCUAAUAAUUACCAUCUCAAUGAUACUAAAAAUGGCUGUGCAGUAUUUAGGUCAGUCGCUGUCACAGUCAAUAAAUAUCCCUUAGUAAUUUCUACUAAAUAUAAUAUACCAUUUUUGUUACAAAAUGAAGGCACUGGGCAUGAAAUUAGAGGUGAAAUAUAUGACGUUGACACAAAAAUGUUGGAAUAUUUGGACGAUUUUGAAAAUCAUCCAAAUUUUUAUAAACGACAAAAGACUCGAGUUAAAUUACCAAAUGCAGAUAUUAUGGAUUGUUGGGUAUAUUUUUUACCAAACUAUCCAGAUAGUUUUUUGGAUUUACAAUUCUUUGACAAUUAUGAUUCUUGUGGUGAACAUGGAUUUCCAUAUGUCCCAAGGUAUCAAAGAGAUCUAGAUGAAGAAUUAUCAUUUCCCAAUUGGAAAUCAUCUAGUUAAUGAAAUUUAAUUAAUUUACAGUGAAGAACUACAACUAUUAGAAUAAACCUUCAAGCUAAUCAAUACAAUUAACACAUAGUUUCCUCUUCACAGUCCAAUGUUUAUUAUUAAAUCAAUUAAGUGUAAAAAAUACUAAAAUUAGUUAUUGCACUACACUAGUGCAUUUUAAA